GGGAGUUAUUUCAAGCUACCCAACCACUAUCUAAAACAAACAUGGUUCCGUGCGCUUUAUCUCUCAAAUGCGAAGCCAAUAUCUCUUCGGGGGUUGUUUUUCGAGUCAAUAAACGAUUAGCAAAUCGAGCCGGACAUUUGAUUGUGGUUAACAAAGAAUACUGAAUGAUUCACUUUUGCUAAUGCCUUCAGUGGACCGUUAUGUGGGUGAAUGGAUGCAAUUAGUCUAAAGUUGGCAAACAGAGUAAUGGCUCUAUUGGCCAUUGGAAUGGGUCAAUGAUAACAAACUCUCAAGUUAGUUCAUGUUCGCACAGCAAACCACACGAAUUUGCUCAAUGUUUGAGACUCAUUGGUAUAUUUUUUCCAGAUUCAGCACACAUCAGACAACAUGAAUCAAUCGCAGCAGUACUGUUUGAGAUGGAACAACCACCGAGUGAAUUUUAUAAAUGUUUUCCGGGAACUUUUUGAGAACGGAGAAUUUACCGAUGUGACUUUAGUUUGCGAGGACGGCCAUGCGGUCAAAGCCCAUCGCCUGAUAUUGGCAGCUUGCUCCCAAUACUUUCAAAAAAUUUUUUUGGACUGGCAACGCAACGAUACCACGGUGGUUAUACUAAAAGAUGUGCGUAUCAGCGAACUGAAAGCCAUCUUGAACUACAUGUACCAUGGCGAAGUGAACGUUGCUCAAGAGCAACUAAGUGACUUGCUGAAAGUUGCCGAAACUCUCAAAGUUAAAGGGCUGGUAGAAGAGCGCAGAACCUCAAAGCCGCAAAAUGAAGAGCCCGCGCUGGAUCAUUCGCCAUCGAUCUCAUCCUCUAACAUUGUGCAUAAUCCCGCCCAUAGCGGCAGUAGCAACGGUUCGCCACCUCAUUCUACCAGUAGGAUCCACAAACAUUCAUACAGACCGUAUGAGAUCAGUCCACCAGAGCACAACUCUAGGCCUAUGCAUCCGUGGAACAGUCUCAGCUACUUGCCACCACCUCCAGAUGUGGCACCUCAUUCUCCGCAUCCCAAUAUAGUCAUAUCAACGCCAUCACCGCAGCACAAUAACGCUUACGAAAAUAUGAACUCCGAUAUGAGCGCCCUCAAAAGGAAGAAACCGAACAAUCACAUGAUGCAACGCGACACGCCCAUCCUGCGGACUGUUCUUGGACAAGGCCAAAUGGAGUCUUCUCAGCCCGUCAGCCUGGUGUGCCGUUCGGAAAGCAGCGAUGCGCCCGCUAAUGAGGAAAGACUUUCGAUGAAUAUGAAAAACGAGCCCUCAGAAGACGCACAAUCGCCGCCCUACGCAGAUUUCAACGAACGGAUGGCUGUAGGGGACGACAAGUCGAAGCUGAGCAUUCCCUCCUCUUCCCCACAGUCGUUCCCCAGGGACGCGAGUACUUGUGGAAUAUCAGGAAUUGCCACAUACGUCCCCGCUCAAAACCGUGAAUGGAAAAGAUACAAACAGUAUACGAGAGAUGAUAUAUCGGCGGCCAUUGAUGCAGUGCGGAAUGGAAUGUCCGCGCUGCAAGCAGCGCGCCUGUACAAAGUUCCCUCGAGGACUUUGUACGAUAAAGUGAAGAAGUUGGGCAUCACCACCAGCAGGCCCUUCAAGCGAGGAUCUAAUGGGGGUGUGGUUGGCUACCAUUAUCCUACCGGCUCGCCCUACAGGAACAAUCACCUGAGCGAAGAAGAGGAAACUUUGAAUAACAACAAAGCCCUACUGGAGGCGAGCACCUUCCUGCACGACACCAUUGACGGGAGUAUACCGAUGGAUGAUCGAGCAGCCUUUACAGCGAUGGCGGCUGUUGCAUUACAUGCAGCUACAGGCUGUUCGCUGAGUCCGAAUAUCAGUCAGAGGCGCAGUCCAAGUUCCAGUCCAACAAUGCUCAAGUACAGAGGCCCUAAUAGUAUGACGCCCCCUGCCAUCAAUAAAACCGUUAAAAUGGAAUCGGACGACCAUGUGGAGGAUCUCUCGAUUAACAAAAAGCAUGACGUGAUGGAAUCGCGCGUGAUUAUGCCCCCCAUGACUCAGUUGGCUGCCUUAAUGAAGAAAGAGGAAAUUGAAGGUAAUGGAAACUAAGAGUCAAGGGAAUGACGCAAAAAACGUGCAAUAAUCAUGUGGGUGACAGUCGUUCACUCACUGUUAGUUUAUAGACCUUAACAUUGCAUAACCGAGUGCCUGUUUGUUGUAUUAUAAUCAAUCGCACUGUAUGAGGACCAAUGCUCACCAGUUUUGCUACAAUAGUUCCUCUUAUGGAAACUGAAACUCAUAAGACUGAUAGAUAUACUAUAUGAUUUUUAUUUUAUGAGACUGAUGACUUUAAUGAUACGAUGCCAGCAAAAUGAAUUAGGUCUGCAUACUUUGACGACUUCUGCAUGUAAUCGGCAACAUGGCUUUUUUGUUACAAAUUUUACGCAAAAUUAAAGACGUUUGUUUCACUUUUAUUGUUCUGCUGCUACCGCAAACUUUUCAAGUUCCCCCAGUAUUUACCUGCUUGCAGCAACAUCGGAACAUUUUUUUUAGCGAAACAUACUGCAAUAAAUGGUUUUCAACAGCAUUUAAACGAUUUUUGGAUAUUGCUUUAAAUGGGCCCAAAUGAAUUAAGGUGACAAGGGAAAAACGAGAUUCUCAUCAGUAUAUGUCUGGUACUUACGGAUGUGCGUAAGAUCGGAUGCCACCAAAUUUUCGGCUGAUUUCAAAAAUGUCAAUCAAGGCCCCCUAUCCUCUACGUUUCUAUUAGAAUGUAAACCACAUUUUUUCCGGAAAAUAAUUUUUUACCAACAUACUGAUUAAUAAAUGGAAAGUGUACAGGGUGGUUCAAAUACGACCGUUUUACGUAUGUAUUUAAAAAUGUUUUAUCGUGACGAAAAGAAGAGUAGAAAACCAAUUGUGCCAUGAUAUGAAAGAUAAUUAGCCAAUUAAUAGGUAUGUGUUUUCCACUCGCAUUUUCGGUCCACAUGUUAGUUAUUAACAAUUUAUUGCAAAAAAAGGCGAUUUUUGUUUAUAACUUUGAAAAUAAUGGAGCAAUCGGAAUGCUCCAACGAGAUGAUUUCCAGAGAAGAAAAAUAUCUAUAAAAAUUACAGUUCGAACGCCUCAAUCGGAUAAUUAUCUUGUGACAAAUUUGAAAAAAACCGAAAAAUUGGUUGUUUUUUUUUUAAUUCAUAGGCCCGCCAUUUUUUGAGCUGGAGCGUUAAAGUUUUGUGGGAAAGUAGGGAUUGUAAUGUUCUUUAUAUGUACCAAGGCCAGGUGCUGUCGAAUAAUUAGUUUUCUCAAAAUCGCGAUUCAAAGUUUGCAGUUCGUCUUUUUAUCUAUACUAUCCUCUACGUUUCUAUUAGAAUGUAAACCAUAUUUUUCCGGCAAAUAAUUUUACCAACAUACUGAUUAAUAAAUGGAAAGUGUACAGGGUGGUUCAAAUACGACUGUUUUAUGAGGGUCGAUGUCUCCCAAAAACAAACCGUCUUCAUGAGUUUCUGAUGUAAGCAAGUGCAGAUUUUGGGAGAGGCCAAGCUAUCGGUAUUUAAAAAUGUUUUAUCGUGACAAAAAGACUAGUAGGAAGCCAAUUGUGCCAUGAUAUAAAAGAUAAUGAGCCAAUUAAUAGGUAUGUGUUUUCCACUCGCAUUUUCGGUCUAUAUGUUAGUUAUUAACAAUUUAUUGCAAAAAAGGCGAUUUUUGUUUAUAACUUUGAAACCAAUGGAGCAAUCGGAAUGCCCCAACGAGAUGAUUUCUAGAGAAGAAAAAUAUCUAUAAAAUUACAGUUCGAACGCCUCAAUCGGAUAAAUAUCUUGUGACAAAUUUGAAAAAAAACCGGAAAAUUGGUAGUUUUUUUUAAAUUUAUAGGCCCGCCAUUUUUUAAGCUGGAGCGUUAAAGUUUUGUGGGAAAGUAGGCAUUUUAAUGUUCUUUAUAUGUGCCAAGGGCGGGUGCUGUCGAAUAAUUAGUUUUCUCAAAAUCGCGAUUCAAAGUUUGUACGUUACCGUAAGUCCGCCUAAAAUCAAGAAUGAAGAAGAAGGGAAGACAGACAGAUAAUUUACAAGAAUACAAGGAACAACAAUUUCAAUAAUUUUCAAUAGCUUAAAAAAACUGCUUAUGGUAUAUUAAAAUCGCGCAGAGCUGCCACUACAAAUUUAGAGAAAAUAAAAACGCUCCCGAGUUAAUCGGUUCUUCAAGCGGGUCGCAAGUUAGCCGGUUAUUCCCCUCAGCCGUCGUAUUAGCUUCCUGAGAAUAACACUCCCGAAACACGCACUUGAUAAUAUCCGCAAUGACGGAAAAUAUAUAGCUGAGUAAAAUUUAUUAAAAUCUCGAAGUCUGCACUUGUUUACAUCAAUUUUCACUAUCACCCGAAGUAGAGAAUCACCCUGUACCUUGGUUGGCCCUGCAGGUAUUGCUAAGAAAGGUGCGCCAACAUUUUUCUCCCUAUCUAAAAAUAAGUGUUUUAUGUUAAAACAGUCCAUUUUUUACACAUUGUAAUUGUAUUGCAAUUUUCGAAAACCAUUUCAUGCAGUAGGUAGAUAUCGCCCAUUUUUAAACUACAGCUAAAAUCAAAACAAAGCAGAAACAAAACGUCCGUUAGUGGAUAUUGCAAUUUAUCGCGUUAAUUUACAUUCGAAAAAUUCCAAAUCGCCGUUUUAUUAGAGCUUGUUAGUGGACAUACUUGUAUAGAAAACAAAAAAUAUUGACCAUUAGUGUCCGAGGUGAAGUAGGAAACUUUCAACAUUGAUGUGAUUUGUCGAGAAACUUUGUAUAUAAUUGAACAGUCAAAAUUGGUUUUGGGCUUACGAUUAGAAACUUAGCCGUUAAUUGAUACGCGGUAAGAAGCGACGCCUAUGUGAGACGAUGAGAAGAGAAACUCAGUUAGAAAUGUAGCAACAUCCUCAAUUAUCUAACCAGAAAAAGUACUCACUGAACAGAUUGUUUGCCACAUUAAAGCAUUGCUAGCGUUUUCAAUAUGUAGUUGUUUAGGUUUUCCUGUUAAGUAUAAGGUUUAGGUUGUAUCCCCCAAGUUAGUUGUUCUAAGACUGAAGUUUAUGUUUAGAGUGAAGCUACCACAUUCUUGUUAAAAUAUUUCAGACAGCGGUAUCGUGGACCAGUAAUAUGAAUUAUGUAAAACCAUGUGCUAGUCCUUUUAAAUGUGCCUUUUCCACUACUCUAAUAAGCAUAAUAAUAAAAAACAAUCUAUUAAAUGUUACAACAUUCCAGUAGAUGUAUGAAACGAACACUGUUUGUCUGCAAUAGCAUCCAGGAAAUGAGCACUAGCAUUUAUGAUUGGUAGACCUGUACAUGUAACUUUUUGCCAUUUUAGUUAAGACUGAUUAUAUUUUUAUUUGUUGAAUAUUGUUGUCGAGUAUUUUUAGAGUACGGCUUUGUUAUAAUGUAACUAGAUCUCUUCGUAAAUAAUCAAUUGCAAUGCGCCUACUUUAGGUGAGAAGACCUAAAACACAUCCCAAAAAGUUAUCUACCUCAGGAAUUAGUUUUUAUUUACGCAAUCGUUAUUUAUAUGAAUUGAAUUAUACAAGCUGUGUAAAAUAGGUCGCUGACAUCUAUGAUUCUAGACAACAAAUCGUACCGUAUUAAAUGUAUUUAAUUGAAUUUAUAUAUAUAUACUUGAUUCGUUGGGCCACUUAUAUAACCUAAACUGUUUCUCAGUGGAAAAAACCAUCAAAUACAAGAUUUUUAGGCUCUAAUUGCCGCAAAGGAAUAAGAAUGUUGAUCGCGAUUCUCUCUCUAUUAGUGACCCCGUUUUACACUUCAACAGUUUAUGUUCUACAAUACAGCCGCUGGACUCCAAUCCAGAUCGAAAACCUCGUUUUAAUGAUUGUUCAAAUUUUAUAUAUAUAUAUUUAUACAUAUUGUAUAAUUUACUGAUAGUUUUAUUACGGUUUGAAGCACAAGUGCACAAUAUGUAAAGCAUUUUGCCAAUGUAAGUGAAUUUAAUUAAAAAAAACCAUACAUAUAUUUUA